UCAGUUUAGAAGUAGUAUAUAUUAAAUUUCUAUGGCGUGGGUCAUGUAAAUUUGUUUUUAUUUGUAUAUUUAUAUUAGUGUAUAUCUACCUGGCACAAUAUACAAAUACUGAACGGAAUGGUUUGAACUUUAAGGCUCUGCAUGUAUCUAUCUAUAUAUAACUAUACCUGCGUAAAGUAAAUAAUUCAAAAUUUGGUGACUGGCUAUGUUGAACACAUCUAUCCCAUCGAAAUUGAUAUAAAGGAUACAACAGAUGCAAAGAAGCAAAAUGGACGAGGAUUGCUCGUGUUGCUACGGCUGUUGUCUUAUAAAUACCCAUAACUAUUGAUUGUCAAGGAAACGAUCGAUAUUCCUCGUAUUUACACAACUUCAGGUGUACUAAACCUUUGGUUCAGUCGAUAUUUGUGUUUAUUUGUGAUUCCUUUGUUUAAAUAUAGUCGUGGAUGAAUAAUGGAGUCACGAGAUUGGCAAAAUGGUAGAUCACUACCCGAGAGAAUGUUUCACAUGUUAAAUCACCAAUUGAUGUGUGAUGUCACCUUCUAUGUUGGCACUGACAAGAAGAUCUUCAAAGCUCAUAGAUGCAUGCUCGCCAGCGCUAGUCCUGUCUUCUACAGUAUGUUUGAAGGACCAAUGGCAGAAAAGGGAGAAAUAACCAUUCCCGAUCUUGAUAAUGAAAUAUUCACACAACUCGUCAGGUUUAUGUACACUGACCAGAUAGAAGUAAAUACAUCAAAUGUGAAAGGUUUAUUGUAUGGAGCUGAAAAAUAUAUGUUACAAACUGUCAAAAGUGAAUGUAGUCAAUUUUUAUCAACGCUCAUAGAUGAAGAUCACGCUUGUGUUGUAUUACAAACGGCCAAUGACUUUCACCUUGAAGAAUUAAAACACAAAUCCUUGCAAUACAUUCAUCGUCAUGGAAAACAAUGUUUGGUAUCUGAAAGUUUGUCAUCUCUUUCUCCCGAAUGUCUUAAACUCGUAAUUGAAUCGGAUAGUUUAAAAUGCAAAGAAGAUUUCAUAUUCGAACAAGUUGUAAAAUGGGGUGAAAAUAAGUGUGGAGACAAAGAUAUGCCGUUGACGGACGAUCAUAUCCGAGAAUCUUUAGGAGAUAUUCUACAUGAUAUACGCUUUCCCUUAAUGGAUCGUAAGUACUUCACACAUCAUGUAUCAACUCGUCGUAUACUGUCAUCAGAUGAAAUAAUACGAGUAUUUCAAUCUUUUGAUGGUAUAAAUGUCGAAAAUUUCCCAUCAAAAUUACGUCUCCCUAAUCCGGUGAAAUUUUACAGAUGCAUCGCUAAUGAAGGUCACCAGAGUUGGACUCUGGAUGGUUCAGUUGAUUCAAUAGAGUUUUCUACAGAUUUUGACGGGUUACUUUUAGGAAUAAUUGUGUUUGGGUCAAAAGAUUACAAGGGUGAUCAUGAUAUAACAGUUAAAAUCAUUCAGUUCUUUACAGUUUUGACAUCAACAACCACAUCCAUAUCUUCAAAAGAAGGUCAAGAAAUUUAUGAAAUUAUGUUUAUAGACCCAGUCAAACUAACUAAAAACGUACGGUACACAAUUCAGUUGUGUAUGAAAGGACCGAAGACCUUCACAGGGAAGAAUUACGCAACACGGAUAAUGGAAGAUGAUUUGUCAGUAACAUUUUCGUUUGGCGUUUCCUCAUUGAAUGGUACCAAUGAAACAAGUGGACAAAUUCCUGGGAUCAUCGUCGGGAGGCAACUUGAAUAAGCAACAUAUAGCUACUAAAGGACGGAUGUAUUACUAACAAAGGAACAUAAUAUCACACUAUCUAAAACUAACAAUAUAUACCCUGUAUGUUUGUUGUCAUUCUGUAAUUUGUUUAGUUUAUUUGGAAUAAAAGUAAACAAACGGUUUAC